AUGCCCAGCCUGCUGCCGCCCUUCCUCGCCCUACUCUGCUUCGGGGCGCCGGCGCCCGCCCUGAGGGCUGCCCGGACCGAAGCGGCGGCGGCGGAGGAGGAGCCGUGGUGCCCUUACAAGGUGUUGGCCGAAGGCUCGGCGGGCGGGCGGCUUUGCUUCCGCACUCCAGCCCGCGGCUUCCAGUGCUCGGCCCGGGCCUGCCGCGCCCACCGUUCCCCGGGUGGCGCCUUGGUGGCCAACGUGCUGCGCAACGGCAGCGUCCUGCUGCAGUGGGGGCCGCCGCGCCCCGCCGCCGGCCUCCGCGGCUUCGCCCUCAACUGCUCCUGGGACGGGACCUACACGCGUUUCCCCUGCGACAGCGUGGAGCUGGGCGCUGCCUGCCGCGACUACCUGCUGCCCGAGGCGCACGGCAGCGUCCGCUACCGCCUCUGCCUGCAGCCCCGCGUCGCGCCGCCGCGCCCCGCGCCCCCCGCGCACUGCGUGGAGUUCCGCGUGGAGCCGGCAGCCAUGCGGGACAUCGUGGUCGCCAUGACGGCUGUGGGGGGCACUAUCUGCGUCAUGCUCGUCUUCAUCUGUCUCCUGGUGGCCUACAUCACCGAGAACCUCAUGAGCCCGGCCGCUGCUGCCCCGCGCCGCGCCUAA